CUCUAAAACCCUCUUGGGCAAAAAGUAAAACCUCAAACUCUCACUCUUUACUCACCUUCGUUACCAGCAUUCAUCGUAAAAUCCUGGUUUGAUCAAUAUGGCGCUUCUACGAUCCAAUCCUAUUAGAAACGUAUUAAGAUUUGUCCAUCUUCAACAACAUUCUUUUACUCUGGGAAGCUCAAAAAGUUACUCUAAUGUUGUUACUCACGGUCCUCAAUUUAACUUCUCUAGGACAUAUUCUUAUUUAUACAAGAGUCAUAAUUAUCCGCUGACUUGUGGAAGUGCUAGAGUGCUUCGCUGCACAAUGGCUGCUAAGUUGUCAGCAUUUUCAUAUGAAGCUAGGUCAGUAACAACACAUGCAAAAGCUCCUCCUCAAGCGCGACAAAUGGGGGCGAUGCAAGUUGCUAUGGUUAGCCCGGGGUUUAUCUAUGAACCAUAUGCGCCUCGAGAACAUAUCUCAUUUUGGCGAAGAUGGUUUACAAGAAGUGGAUGGAAAAGAACAAAGGAAGACGUGAUCAUAGAGCUCAAAAACGCCUAUGCUAUUGCCAAAUUGAGAAAAAAAUUUGGGUAUUCUAAACAAGGAUUCUAUAAAGAGGCUUUUGAAUUAUUUAAAGAGAUAAAUACAUUUGUUGCACAUGGUGAUAAAACACCAUUGAGGAAAUUGGUUACGGAGAACAUGUUCUCAGCCCUGAAAAAUGAUAUAAAGCAAAGAGAAGGUAUGUGGAGCUCGGUUUACUGGGAAGUUAUUGAGCCGGCUGUUAAAAUCCGGACUAUGCGAGCUAGAUUGAUUGGUGUUGACCGCAACGACCUUAACAAAGUUUUCAUACAGCUCACCCUUGAGUUUUUAACCAAACAGAAGUUUGAGGCUUAUAAUUCUAAAGGUGCUGUAGUUGCUGGAGAUAAAAAUAAAGAGGUACUUGUUCGUGAUUUGUGGGUCUUUGAGAAGUCUCUGUUUCACCCAGGCGCAUAUUGGCGCCUCUGUGGACGAAUUGUUCCUAAAUAGAUUCUACGAGUUUGACUGCUGUUCUGUGAUAUACGUUGCAAGGAUUUUUUGCUCCUACACACAAUUUUGUAAGUUGAAUGUGUUCAUAGUUUCAGAACUAGCUUCAGUAAUAAUGUCAGUCCUCACUUCUUCGGAUGCAUUUCAGCAGUUCCAAAAUUCUGCAUUUUGUGGUAGAGUAAACUGCGCAUCAUCUUUGUUUAAAUUUCAGUAAUAUUUCUUGAGAAAACAAAAAAAAAAAAGAGCACUGGUGUAGUGUUGUUUUUGUCCAAGAAGAAUAUUUUUACGUUUGCUUUCACUUGUACUCCACUUUUUGUAGGGUAUACCAUGCAUUUACAUAGAGUAUACCUACCUACCUUCUCUGUAAAUCAAACCCUUCUCAACUGACCAUGAAAAUGGAUCGAAACAAGCAGCGUCUUCAAUCUCAUGGCAUCUGCCACAAGUUGUUCAACUUCAUCAUGAGAACCUUAGCUGCACAAGUUGUGAAACCUGUUACAUUAGGCCCACCACCUAUGGCACUCCAUCAUACCCGAAAGACAAAUUGGUCGUUUAUCAACCAACAUAAGAUGGGUUCUCGAGAUUUCGAUUCAAUCGAUGGAACUGAAGAUUUCAAGAGUGUGGUUUCGAUUGAUAUUGAAGAUGAAGCUUCUUUAUUGCUUGGUGCCGCUGCAGGUGAGUGGCGGUAUUAUCGAGGGAAUAAAGUAACAGAUGAGAACAGAGGUGGAGGUAAACCAAAAGCUGCAAGAAAGAUGGUUAGAAUCAAUGAUAAGCCUGAAGUUAUAAAUGUGAGCAAGAAAAGGAAGAAAAGGGUGAUCGCGAUUAGGCAUGAUGGUGACCUAAGACCUUUGAAAUCCAUUCUCAAAGUCCAAAAUCCGAAAGGGUGAUCAACUCAUGUUAAAUUUAAUCCUAUGAGAAAAUAGUUAUAGUAAUUUUAUCACUAUUAAGUAUGAAAUGAUUCGUACUUAGGAAAAUAUACUAUACUAUGAUGCUUCUUCGUAGCCUUCAUCCCCCAUCAUGAGUCGGCUCAAUCACAGGCGCUGCUCUCCCUCACUGUUCAACAAAAGAAGGUUGAUAUCGCAUGCUAACUUAAAUAUGGUUUUUUCGAAUAAAUUGUAAAUUCAUUGAUUUAAAAUAUUUAACAUUUGCAUUUUAAUGAGAAUCAAUUUUGUUUCA